AUGUGGAGGUCUCAGUACGAAGAGGUCUCAGUACGAGGAGGUCUCAGUACGAAGAGGUCUCAGUACGAGGAGGUCUCAGUACGAGGAGGUCUCAGUACGAAGAGGUCUCAGUACGAAGAGGUCUCAGUACGAGGAGGUCUCAGUACGAGGAGGUCUCAGUACGAGGAGGUCUCAGUACGAGGAGGUCUCAGUACGAGGAGGUCUCAGUACGAGGAGGUCUCAGUACGAGGAGGUCUCAGUACGAAGAGGUCUCAGUACGAGGAGGUCUCAGUACGAGGAGGUCUCAGUACGAGGAGGUCUCAGUACGAGGAGGUCUCAAACCCCCAAACAGCCCAACUCCAGUCAUCCACAACCCCUAACAGCCCAACUCCAGUCCUCCAGUACCCCCAGCAGCCCAAAUCCAGAACUCCAGUACCCCCAGCAGCCCAAAUCCAGAACUCCAGUACCCCCAGCAGCCCAACUCCAGUCCUCCAGUACCCCCAACAGCCCAACUCCAGUCCUCCAAACCCCAACAGCCCAACUCCUGUCCUCCAGAACCCCCAACAGCCCAAUGUCAGUCCUCCAGAACCCCCAACAGCCCAACUCCAGUCCUCCAGAACCCCCAACAGCCCAACUCCAGUCCUCCAGAACCACCAACAGCCCAACUCCUGUCCUCCAGAACCCCAACAGCCCAACGCCAGUCCUCCAGAACCCCCAACAGCCCAACUUCAGUCCUCCAGAACCCCACACAGCCAAUCCUUGGUCCUACAGUACCCAACAGCCCAACUCCAGUCCUUCAGAACCCCCAACAGCCCAACUCCAUGCCUCCAGAACCCCCAACAGCCCAACUCCAUGCCUCCAGAACCCCCAACAGCCCAACUCCAGUCCUCCACUACCCCUAACAGCCCAAUUCCAGUCCUCCAGUACCCCCAGCAGCCCAACUCCAUGCCUCCAGAACCCCCAACAGCCCAACUCCAUGCCUCCAGAACCCCCAACAGCCCAACUCCAUGCCUCCAGAACCCCCAACAGCCCAACUCCAGUCCUCCACUACCCCUAACAGCCCAACUCCAGUCCUCCAGUACCCCCAGCAGCCCAACUCCAUGCCUCCAGCACCCCCAGCAGCCCAACUCCAUGUCUCCAGAACCCCCAACAGCCCAAUCCCAAAUCCAGAACUCCAGUACACCCAACAGCCCAACUCCAGAACUCCAGUACACCCAACAGCCCAACUCCAGAACUCCAGUACACCCAACAGCCCAACUCCAGAACUCCAGUACCCCCAACAGUCCAACUCCAGAAUUCCAGUACCCCCAACAGCCCAACUCCAGAACUCCAGUACCCCCAACAGCUCAACACCAGUUCUCCAGAACCCCCAACAUCCCAACUCCAGUCCUCCAGAUCCCAAACAGCCCAACUCCAGUCCUCCAGAUCCCCCAACAGCCCAACUCCAGUCCUCCAGAACCCCCAACAGCCCAACUCCAGUCCUCCAGUACCCCCAACAGCCCAACACCAGUUCUCCAGAACCCCCAACAUCCCAACUCCAGUCCUCCAGAUCCCAAACAGCCCAACUCCAGUCCUCCAGAUCCCCCAACAGCCCAACUCCAGUCCUCCAGAACCCCCAACAGCCCAACUCCAGUCCUCCAGUACCCCCUGCAGCCCAAAUCCAGAACUCCAGUACCCCUAACAGCCCAACUCCAGUCCUCCAGAAACCCACACAGUCCAUCCUUGGUCCUCCAGUACCCCCAACAGCCCAACUCCAGAGCUCCAGAACCCCCAACAUCACAACUCCAGAACUCCAGUACCCCCAGCAGCCCAACUCCAGAACUCCAGUACCCCCAGCAGCCCAACUCCAGUCCUCCACCCAACUCCAGUCCUCCAGUACCCCCAGCAGCCCAACUCCAGAACUCCAGUACCCCCAACAGUCCAACUCCAGAAUUCCAGUACCCCCAACAGCCCAACUCCAGAACUCCAGUACCCCCAACAGCACAACUCCAGAACUCCAGUACCCCCAGCAGCCCAACUCCAGAACUCCAGUACCCCCAGCAGCCCAACUUCAGUCCUCCAGUACCCCCAGCAGCCCAACUCCUGUCCUCCAGUACCCCCAGCAGCCCAACUCCAGAACUCCAGUACCCCCAACAGUCCAACUCCAGAAUUCCAGUACCCCCAACAGCCCAACUCCAGAACCCCCAACAACCCAACUCUAGUCCUCCAGAACCCCCAACAGCCCAACUCCAGAACUCCAGUACCCCCAACAGCCCAACUCCACACAACUCCAGAACUCCAGUACCCCAAGCAGCCCAACUCCAGAACUCCAGUAACCCCAGCAGCCCAACUCCAGUCCUCCAGUACCCCCAGCAGCCCAACUCCUGUCCUCCAGUACCCCCAGCAGCCCAACUCCAGAACUCCAGUACCCCCAACAGUCCAACUCCAGAAUUCCAGUAA